ACGUGUUGUUGGCACUCUGUGAGCUUAAUGAUUCCUAAGAACUUGCAUAAAGUGAGCUAGGAGACAGAAACAUGGCCUCAUUGAGUGUACUGAUUACAUGCUGUGUGAUCAUUCUUGCUACGUCCCAGCCUUGUCAGAGCCCUGAUGACUUUGUGGCUGCCACUGCUCCGGGGCAUGUCAUGAUUGGAGGUCUGUUUGCCAUUCAUGAUAAAAUGCUGUCCUCAGAAGUCUAUCCCAGACGACCAGACAUCCGGAGGUGUGUUGGGUUUGAAAUAUCAGCUUUUCUCCAAAUGCUUGCCAUGAUACACAGCAUCGAGAUGAUCAAUAAUUCAACGUUAUUACCUGGAGUCAAACUGGGGUACGAAAUCUAUGACACUUGUGCAGAAGUCACGGUGGCAAUGGCAGCUGCUCUGAGGUUUCUUUCCAAGUUCAACUGUUCGAGAGAAAUUGUGGAGCUUAAGUGUGACUAUUCUAGCUACAUACCAAGGGUUAAGGCUGUCAUAGGGGCUGGGUACUCGGAAAUAAGCAUGGCUGUCUCCAGGAUAUUGAAUUUACAGCUCAUGCCACAGGUGAGUUACGAAUCAACGGCAGAAAUCCUAAGUGACAAAAUUCGCUUUCCUUCAUUUUUCCGGACGGUGCCCAGUGACUUCUAUCAAACCAAAGCAAUGGCCCACCUGAUUCAGAAGUCUGGAUGGAACUGGGUCGGCAUCAUAACCACAGACGAUGACUAUGGACGACUGGCUCUCGACACUUUUGCAAUUCAGACCAUGGCAAAUAAUGUGUGUAUAGCCUUCGAAGAAGUCAUCCCAGCCUUCCUCUCAGAUGACACCAUUGAAAUCAGGAUCAAUCAGACACUUGAGAAAAUCAUAGCAGAAGCCCAUGUCAAUGUCAUUGUGGUGUUUCUGGGGCAGGUCCAUGUGUUCAAUCUCUUCAGUAAAGCCAUCAAAAGGAAUGUAAACAAGGUCUGGAUUGCUAGUGAUAAUUGGUCGACUGCUACCAAGAUUACCACCAUUCCUAAUGUUAAAAGGAUUGGCAAGGUUGUGGGGUUUUCCUUUAAAGAUGGGAAUAUGUCCUCUUUCCAGUCCUUUGUUCAAAACCUGCAUAUGUUUCCCAGGAAUCAUAACAAACCCUUAAAUGAAUAUGCCAUACUCUUGUCUGCCUGUGCUCACGUCAGGGACAGUGAUUUCAGUCAAUGCAUUUCCCACCACUCUCAUGGGACUUUGGCCUACAACGCUCACAAGGAUAUAGAUGGGAACUUCUCCCUGAGAAAUGACAUCCUGUGGGAUUACACUGAGCCGGGACUUGUUCGCAGUAUCCAGCUUGCCAUGUUUGCCCUCGGGUAUGCCCUUCGGGACCUGUGCCACGCUCGAGACUGCCAGCAGCCCAACGCCUUUCAACCAUGGGAGUUACUCGAUGUACUGAAAAAUGUGACAUUCACGGAUGGAGGGGAGCUUUUUCAUUUCGAUGCCCAUGGGGAUAUAAACACUGGAUAUGACGUUGUGCUCUGGAAGGAGAUCAAUGGCCACAUGGCUAUCACCAAGGUUGCACAAUAUGACCUGAAGCAUGACGUCUUUACUGUCACAAACCAGGAAACAAAAAAUGAGUUCAGGAAUCUUAAGCGAAUUCAAUCCAAAUGUUCUAAGGAAUGCAGUCCUGGACAAAUGAAGAAAACCACAAAAAGUCAACAUACCUGCUGCUAUGAAUGUGUGAACUGUCCCGAAAACCACUACACUAAUCAGACGGACAUGGAUCGCUGCCUUUCAUGUAACAAUGAAACUCACUGGGCCCCUGUAAAGAGCACGACGUGCUUUGAAAAGGAAGUGGAAUAUCUCAACUGGAAUGACUCCUUGGCUAUCCUGCUCCUGACCCUCUCCCUACUGGGAAUCGUGUUUGUUCUGGCUGUUGGCAUAAUAUUUACAAGAAACCUGAAUACACCCGUUGUGAAAUCAUCCGGGGGAUUAAUGGUCUGCUACGUGAUCCUUCUCUGUCAUUUCCUCAACUUUGCCAGUACAGGCUUCUUCAUUGGAGAACCUCAAGACUUCACAUGUAAAACCCGGCAGACACUAUUUGGCAUGAGCUUUACUCUCUGCAUCUCCUGCAUUUUGACAAAGUCCCUGAAAAUUCUGCUAGCCUUCAGCUUCGAUCCCAAGUUACAGAACUUCCUGAAGUGCAUCUAUAAGCCAGUCCCCAUCAUCUUCAUUUGCACAGGUGUCCAGGGUGUCAUUUGCACACUCUGGCUAAUCUUUGCAGCCCCUGCUGUGGAAGAAAACAUGUCCUUGCCCAGAGUCAUUAUCCUGGAAUGUGGGGAGGGGUCCCUCCUUGCCUUUGGCACCAUGCUGGGCUAUAUUGCCAUCCUGGCCUUCAUUUGCUUCAUAUUUGCCUACAAAGGCAGGAAAUUACCUGAGAAUUACAAUGAAGCCAAAUUCAUAACAUUUGGCAUGCUCAUUUACUUCAUAGCUUGGAUCCCAUUCAUCCCCGUAUACGCUACUACAUUUGGCAAGUAUCUGCCAGCUGUGGAGCUUAUCGUUAUUUUAAUAUCUAACUAUGGGAUCCUAUGUUGCACAUUCUUCCCCAAAUGUUAUGUUAUCCUUUGUAAGCAAAAUACUAACACAAAAUCUGCCUUUCUCAAGAUGAUUUAUAGCUAUUCUUCCCACAGUGCAGACAGUGUUGCCAUGAGUCAUGUUUCACUGGUUUCCACUAACAGCAACAUCACCACGGCCACUCCCAGCUCUGGUGGCCAGCCUGCAGCCUGGCAGAAAAGCAAAGAUCUUCAGAUACCAUCAUGUGCACACACAUGCAAGGAAAAUGCUACAAGUGCAUCUAAAACUUGGCCCCGAAGAAGAACUUCAAGUAUAUGAAUGCGUCCUUAAGAGAUGGCAUGUUCCAGCAUAAAAUGUUUCUAGGGUCUCUGUAUUUAAGAUGUACAUUUACUUUCCAAGCAAGCAUGUUCUAUGUGUUUCUUCACUGUCAGCAUUUUCACCAACAUUUUGUUGAAUACUCCCCCUCUGUCCAACCAUCCGUUUAGCAAAGAAAGUAGAUUCCUCAACCCGAACCUUGCUUCAUUGCCUCUUAUGACUUCCAUCUGCCUCUGUCUUGACCUCCUUUCUCACAGGCACAUAGUUAAAGGUAUCUCUCCCCUAGUCAAAAUCAGCCCAUGAUGUAGCAUCCUUAUCUCUUCCCCACCAGUUCUUUCAAACCUCUUUGUUGGGUCCUCUCCUUGUCUCCUGAGAACCUUUACUUUCCCAUCUCCACUGCCCAGUCCAGCUGCAGAAGCCUUUGGGCAACUACCUUGUGCCAGGGGAUACUAAAUGCAAAGGAACAGAAGGAUCAAGGCAUCAUUUCUGACUCCCAGGAGCUCAAAAUCCAGGGGAAGACUGUCACAUACAGACAUGCACAACUCAGUAUGGGAAUUCUAUGAUUGUAAUCUGUAUGGGACAUUCUAACCAUAUAGUGAAGGCACUUAGCCACCCUGGUCAAUGAUGAAAGCCACAUAGAGGAUGUGAUGUUUAGCUGAAAUCCUGAAAGAUGAAUAAGAGUUAGCUAAUCAAAGCAUGUACAUAAAGCUGUUCCAGAUAAAGAGGGCCAGCAGGAGCAGCCACAGAAAGUAUGUUGAGGGAAGUGCAGUUAUUUUGGUAUUACUAGAGAGGAGUCCUCUUUCGCAUGCAGAGGCCAAGGUCACGAAUGAGUGCCAAAGACUGGAGUCUUCUUAUAAGGAGCUUAGGUCUUCAUCAUAUGGCUAGAAGGUGGCCAUCAAAGUUUCUGGCAGAAAGAUGACAAGUGCAAUGCUUUAUUUUAGGAAGAUGACUCUGAGACAGGGUAGAGGAUAGAGCCAAGCUGAGAGAAGACUAGGAUCUAUACCAGGAAGAGAAAAGAGAAAAUGUAUAUGUAAUCAAACUGUAUAGAAGAUGAUAAUAUAUUUGAAAUAGCUGGUGAAGGAUGAAGUAUAGGCUUCUAGUCCGGCUUGUUGAAGGGUGCCAUCGAAUAAAAUCAGUGUUUAGAAGGACAGCGUCAUUGUUGACUUGUGACCCAUUAGUUCUGAAGCCACUGAAAUCUGGUUCCUAGUUACAUCACUCUGCUGAAAUUGUUACAGAAAAGUUACCUGUGACUUUUUACUGUCAAAUUCAAUGAUCAUUAAUGACAUCUGUGGUAUAAUUUAUCCUUAAUUUUUUCUUCGUUCUCAUUAUAUUUUAAAGUUUUCAGUUAUCAAAACUCUUCAAUCUGAUGUAAAGGCUCUUUUGGCCCUACUCUGACAUCCCUGACCACUUAGUUCUGGCCUGUGCUGCUGGUAUGUCCUCCUUCACCUGACUCUUAAAUGUGGGUCUUCCACAGAGUUCCAGCCUCAAUUUAAACAUCUUUUCUGUCAAUACACUCUCUCACUACAUUAUUAUCCAACUUCAGGUCUUAACUAUGACCCAGACCUCCCAAAACCACACGGUCCAGGUCACUCUCUAACCAUCCCACCUGCUUGUCCCUCUAACACUUCAAAGGCAGUAUGUCUAAAAUUCAAUUCAUUCUUCUUCUCCCAGCUCCUGCUCCUCCUGUUUUCCAUUUUUCGGAAUGCUGUAUCACCUCUGGACUAAGCAGAACCUGGGAAUUCAUCCUAUCCAUCCUUGAUGCCACUCUAUGCUGUACUCUUGUACAUCAGCUGUUUUUUAUUUUCUAACUCCCGCACUUCCCCACACCCUUGCCGUGAUCCUUAUCCCUCUCACUGCUUCCUUAACCCAGGCAUGCAUCAAGUCUUUCACAGACUGUGCGAUAGCCUUCUAAUUUGACUCUGCUCUCCCGAUGUUUCAUCCCAAACUACAGAAGUUUUCACUAAACCUUCUACUCAUUUCCACUAGAUAUGUUUAUAUAACUUAAACACCUCUUUGCAUUACUCAGUUGUUUUAAGACCUGCAAGGAGUCCUAAUUUACUGCUUAGUCUAAAUGUAUUCACGUACAAUAUGGUGGUAAUCUCUCAUUCGGUGAUUAAGGGUAUAGUAUAUUCUGAUGUACAGGAACAUGGUAAGAAAUGAGUGGUCUGUUUGUGAUUUUACUGACUCAUUGCUCUGUUGAUGCCAAAACAGUUUCUCCUAUUGACAUGAGAGCAAAGCUGCAGGAGAGCU